AUGCUAGGGGAAGGAGGACUCCAGAGGAGCCUGAACAGCUUCCUGAGCAGCCUGUGCGGCCUACUCCUCCUCCCCCGCAAGAGUCUGACCGCUAGGGCCAUCAAUGCCCUAGUCUCUGAUACCGAGCUGCGCUUCCAACUCGCCCCUUCGCUGGCAGAAGUGGAUGACCUGAGGGCCCGGCUGGAGGGGGCGAACCAUCGCUUGGCGCGCCUAGAGAGGCGCAAGCUGGAGUACGAGCAGAGAGUUCGGCGCCAUAUCGAGGUGGAUAGGAGGGCAGAGCUAAACUUUAUGAUGCACCUGGUGGCAGCCAACGACCUCCUUAGCUUCCUUAAAUGGGAGGUACGUAGAGUGGCUACAUCAAAGGAAGAGGCCGUGGCUACUGCGGUGAAGGAAGCGCGUACGGAGAUGGCUGCCAAGCUAGAAGCCGUGAAGGAUAAGUUCAGGAGGAAGGAGGCGAAAAUCACAGCGGAGAUUCACCUGCAGGAGCGGCUUGCAAACCUCCAGCUCCUAAAGGAUCUCUCCGUGGGCAAGACUACCAUUUCAGAGGAAAUGAAGAGGCUCACCGCAGAACACCGGCUACGAAGAAGGCCUUGGCCAAUGCGGUAG